CUUUCGCUCCUCCUAUAACCUUUCUCCCCGACUACGACCAAAAGUCAAGCCUAGGGAAGCCAUACAAUCGGUUUGUUUCGGUUGUUUGUGAACGGUUCGCCAUUUGACAACCCGACACGACAAAAAGCAAAAGAGAGACAAAAGAAAAAUGCUCGGCUCACAAACCCUGCCCACCGUGGCGGCCGUCCUGGCGGCCGUGGUAUCGGCCUCCCCCGUCUCGGGUCGCGAGGUCGCCACAGUGCCCGACGACUUGACCGGCGAGCUCGGCUGCGAGGCCCUGAAGCUCGUCUACGGCUCCGGAAGCGUCUUCCUGCCCGGGGAUGCAGAGUACGCCGAGGAGGCGGCGGCGUUUUGGUCCAACACGCAGCUCAUGUCGCCGACGUGCAUCUUCCGCCCGACCUCGGCGGAGCAGGUGGCGUCGGCGGUGGUGGGCAACAGCGGCACGGGCACGCAGUGGGCAGUCCGCGGCGGCGGGCACAUGGGCAUCCGCGGCGCCAACAACAUCGACAAGGGCAUGCUCAUCGUCAUGUCGGGCAUCAAGACGCUCCGCAUCUCGGAGGACCGCACGGCCGUCCACGUCGGGCCCGGCAACAAGUGGGGCGACGUGUACGACUACCUGGCGCAGUUUGACGUCGCCGUCGCGGGCGGUCGGCUCGGCCCCGUCGGCGUCCCCGGUCUGCUGCUCGGCGGCGGCGUCAGCUUCUACGGCCACCAGGCCGGCUGGUCCGCCGACAACGUGCUCGAGUACGAGGUCGUGCUGGCCGACGGCCGCACCGUCGCGGCGUCGGCCGACGAGAACCAGGACCUGUUCUGGGCCCUCAAGGGCGGCAGCGCCAACUUUGGCAUCGUCACCGACUUCAAGCUGCGGACUUUUCCCUCCAAAAAGGUCUGGGCCGGCGUCUACACCGUCUCGGGCGAGCACAUGGCCGCGUUCGAGGAGGCCGUCGCCAGGUACUCGUCGGAGCCGCAGGAUCCCCUCUCCCACGCCGUGCCCAUGGUCAUCCCCAUGGCGGGCGGCGUGACGGUGGCGUCGGUGAUCCUCUUUUACGACUCGGAGACGGUCUCGGAGCCCGAGUGCUUCAGGGACUUUUUGGCCAUCCCGCCCAUCUCGCCACCGACGACGGCCUUCAAGACGGUGGCCGAGUUCGCCAAGGAGAACGGUGCGCUCGUGGUGCCCGGGGUCAACGACGUCUUCCUGGCCGGCACGACGGUGGGCAAGACGCAGGCCGAGCUGCUCGAGGGCGUGCAGAUCACCAACAAGGUCUUCCUCGACGCGGUGCCGGCCCUGCACGCGGCCAUCGGUGGGGCCGACAAGAUGGUGCUUAACAGCAUCAACUGGCAGCCCAUCGGCGCGGCGUGGCAGGCGGCCUCGGAGAAGAUGAACCCGGCCGGCAACGCGCUCGGCAUCGACACGGCGGCCAAGGGCACGUACCUCGCCUGGGCGCUGGCCAUCGAGUGGGUCGACGGGCCCGGCCACGACGAGAUUGUCGACAAGUGGGUCAGGGAGACCAUCGCCGCCAUGGAGGAGGCCACCAAGGCCGCCGGGCUCUACGAUGCCUUCAACUACAUGGGGGACGCCGCCGGGUUCCAAGAGGUUUAUGCUGGAUACGGCGAGGAGAACCAGAAGAAGCUGUUGGAGAUUUCGAGAAAGUACGACCCCGAGAGGGUCACGCAGAAGCUGUGGCCUGGCGGUUUCAAGGUCGGCGUCUAAUGGUGUUGGGGCGUAUGACUCGUCCAAGCAUAAAAGGGUUUCUGUGAUGCGCAGUCGCUGUCCAACCCAGUUAAUAAUAAUUGUAAUAUUUUUCUCGGUAUACUUGCGUCGAAUUGCGUUUACAGCAAUCACACUCUAUACGUUUAUGCUCCGGCCGGUCAUUUUUUAAACCACGUUCGGCAAAACCACGGUGCAAGGCCCGUCGUGGGAGGUGAUUAUUGUAGUAGCUUGGCUUUUGUCGGUUGUGAAUGGAUCCAGCCGUGUAUUGUCGACAUCGCUGAUCAUCAGUCUUUGGAAACAAAGCAUUGGCCACAAUAGGAGACGGACUAAAGCAACUCUUGUGAUGGAAGUCUGAAUGACAUGGCAGCAAAAACAUGAUGCAAUCCUGCAUGCCCAGAAACGAACAAGUAAGUACCACAGCUGCUCUGACACAGACUUUACUCCGCAACUUGGUAUUACUCUCGACACAAAGUUUACGCUCCCUGCCAAGAAACUCUUUUGAAACACAAAUUUCCACGAACAAAAAGUCCCGUUGACCCUUUCUUUCUUGUAUCUUUGAACGCACACCAAAAAAAAUGCUGCAGCAACGCAUACACACUAUGUACAAAGAGAAUUGAACCAAACUCCCCACCUCCCCGAUAUUUCCCCCCAAAAAAAUGUACGCUUAUAUAACCAUGAGACUAGCGUUCAAGAGACCAUGCAUUUUUCUUUUCGUAGACUAUUUGGGAGCAGGUGCGGGAGCUGGAGCUGGAGCAGCUUCGGGUGCCGGGGCGGGAGCAGGAGCAGGAGCAGGGUUAGCGGCGCCCUCGGCCGGAGGAGCAGCAGGUGCCGCCGCGGCCGGGGGAGCAGCCGGUGCAGCAGCUGGGGGAGUGGCUGCGGGAGGAGCGGCCGGGGUUGCUGCAGGGGGAGCCGCCGCCGGAGGAGCUGCUGCCCCGUCG